CCGGGCGGGGCGGCCGAAGCGCAGACGGCCGGGAGUCGUGGCGUCGGGCAGCGCGUCGCCUCCUGCUCCUCCCGCGCUGGCCAUGGCAGCGCUGCCCGGUGCCACAGUCCCCCGGCUGCUCCUCAUCCCUAGCAAGGCAGCCGAGCCCCCCGGCCCCGCGGCCGGCCGCCAUAUUUCCGUUGUCCUGCCGGUAGGAGCCGCCCCCAGCUCCCCGGACCUGGAGGCCCCGCAGCCGGCCCGCAAGCGGCAGCGGCUCACUCAUCUGAGCCCGGAGGAGAAAGCGCUGCGCAGGAAGCUGAAGAACCGCGUGGCGGCCCAGAGCGCCCGGGACAGGAAGAAGGCGCGGAUGACGGAGCUGGAGCAGCAGGUGGUGGAGCUGGAGGAGGAGAACCAGAAGCUGUUGCUGGAAAACCGGCUCCUGCGGGAGAAGACGUGUAGCCUUGCUCUGGAGAACCAGGAGCUCCGCUGCCGCCUGGGCUUAGAUGCUCUGAAGACGGAGGAGGAGAGCGAGUCCGAGGCUGUGAAGGAAUCGCAGGUGGAUGAGAUUAGAUUGGUGACCGGGUCCGCUGAGCGCAGCACUCAGACUACGUGUUCCUCUGCAGCAGGUGCAGGCCCAGCAGUCACCACUUCUGAUAACUUCCACAUGGAUUCUGAUGGCAGUGACUCUUCAGACUCAGAGUCUGAUCUCCUCUUGGGCUUUUUGGACAGUCUGGACCCAGAGAUGUUUUUCAGAUAUGCUGAUUCAGAGUCGACAUGCCUGGAAAAGCUGGAGGAAGAGAUCUGUGGAGAAACAAAUUCCAUACCAGCCUCCCCCUCUCCCUCUUUGGGGUCCCCAUCAGCUAAGCUGGAGGCCAUUAAUGAACUGAUAAGGUUUGAUCAUGUAUACACAAAGCCCCUAAUACUGGAGAUUCCUGUUAAAAUGGGCAACCAAACCAAUAUGCUAGUGAAAAUUGAAGAAGUAUCUCUCUCUCCAUCUGAAGAUAAAGCUGUCCCUAAGGUCCCAGUAUCUGUGAAAGAGGAACCUGUAGACAGCUUCAUGCCUGAACUGGGCAUCUCUCAUCUGCUUUCCUCUCAUCAUAGCCUUCCAGCCUCAAGCUAUCUGUUGGAUGCCUGUAGUGACUCUGGAUAUGAAGGAUCCCUGUCGCCCUUCAGUGACAUGUCCUCUCCACUUGACACUGACCAUGCUUGGGAGGAUAGCUUUGCCAAUGAACUCUUUCCCCAACUGAUCAGUGUCUAACUCAAUAGUGUUAACUCCCCUUGGAUAACUAUCCUGGCAGGAUAACAGGAUAUGCCCCUUUGGGGUGGUGGUGGGGGAAAUCAAGUGUAUUCAGAAAAGUGUUGCUUAUUUCUACCCAUGCUAAUAGAUGGAGUGAUGGCCAAUGCAUUUCUCCUGCUAUGGAAAAAGCCUAGGGUGUCCUGUCCUGCCCUGCCCUCCCCCCAUCCCCACCAGUGGUGGCUUAUGAGGGAGGAAAGCUUGUUUCUCAAUAACUUGCCAAUUCCACAUGAACCUGAAAAUGUUCAUUUUGUUUUACAUUUAAAAUAAUUUUGACACCAAAAACUGCAGUGGGACAUUCAUGUAUAGGCAACUGGGUUAAAAACUAAAUAGUCUGUACAUCUUGCAGAUCUACUAUGUAAAUGCUUGUUUUCCAUUUGCUAUGUAGAGUUGCUUUUUCCAUUUAAUAUUUAACUGUAUUGGUGCAAUUAAAGUGCAAUGCAGCUCACUGA